GGACAGGAUGCCAGGCUCCCUGGGAGGAGGUGGGACAAGGGAAGCUGCCAGUUUGUCUUUUGGUCUCAAGACGGCCCCCAGCUUCAUCAACAGGGUAGGAACAGCCAACAUUUAUUAGCACCUACUGUGUACCUGGCUGGUACUGAGCCCUUGACCACCUUAGAGCUAUGAGUCCUCACCUCAGCCCCGUGACCAUCACUCCUAUUGUACAGAGGAAGAAACUGAGGCCGGAGAAGGUCUCCCGGCUGCGUAACACAGGGGUCACGUCAGGAGGGGGGGCAGUCACUGUGAGUGGGAGUCACCCAGGCAGACUGCUCAGAGAAGGCACCAGGGCAGGCAGGACCGGCGCCAGGUAUGCUGGGCCAUCUUGCAGGAGGACUCGGAGUCUGGCUGUGGGACUGAUUCUGUGGCCUGGGGCCGUGGCUAGAGCUGGUCCCAGGGCCGAGGUGCAGAGCAGGGACGAUGUAUUAGGGCUCAGCGCCAGGGCGGGCCCCGAGGUGGAAGCCAGGCGCAGGAGGGGGCCAGCAGCUGCUAACACUCCCCUGCGGACCUCAGCCUGGCUCACAUGCUACUGGGGCCCGAGGAUGUGGCACAGCCAAGGAGUAUCAGAGCAGCCUCCCUGGAGGAGGCAGGAAGCCACUCCAGACACAGGCCCAGCACACUGUGGGCACUCAGGAAUGCCAGCUGUCCUCAGAGAUGUGCAGGAGAUCAUGGGACCGUGGAGCCAGCUGCCUGGAGGAGAUGAUGUUGAAGACCCCCAGCAGAGAAAGAGACCGAAGACAGCGGGCUCAGAGGCCAGAGUAGCUUUGCUUAGGUCCCAGACACCGUGGCUGAAACCCCUCCGUGAACGCUUGCCUCUGCCCACACAGCCCCCAACUCUUGUCUAGCUGGUGAACCUUCAAAACCUUCGAAACCCAGUUUGGAUGACCGCACUGCUGUGAAGACUUCCCAUCCCCCCAGGGGCAGAAUCAUUCACUUCCUCAUCGUAUCCCCAUGACACAAUGUAUUACCUAGGAACAUGAAAUAACUAAAAGACCCUUCCCGCAAGACCUGAUGCUCCCAGAGACAGAGACAAGAGCAUCUGCCUCCCUUCUGAAAGUGCCGGGAGGGAAAGGGACACUUUUUCUUUGCAUAAAAGCCACUGCCAAGC